AUGAUUGAGCCAUUCCAGACGACCUUCUCGGUCCCCAUGACCUGCGAGGGUUGCGUGAAAGACGUCUCCGCCUCCCUGUCCAAACUCGAUGGUAUCCAGAAAGUCGAAGCCAACCUGAAGGAUCAGCUUGUCUUCAUUGAAGGCACAGCUCCGCCGAGUUCGAUCGUGUCCGCGAUUCAAAACACCGGCCGGGAUGCCAUUCUGCGCGGAAGUGGCACCUCAAACAGCUCCGCAGUCUGUAUCCUUGAAACGCACUCUACCACCGUCGCCAAUAAGAUCCGUGGCCUGGCCCGUAUGGUCCAGGUCGCCCCGACCAUGACUCUAGUCGACUUAACGAUCAACGGUCUCUCACCAGGUCAAUACUACGCCACUAUCCGCGAGGCUGGUGACAUCUCCCGGGGUGCCGAAUCGACGGGCGGUAUCUGGGAGUCUCUGAAGAAUAAGGUCCUGGGCUCCGACACCACGGCCGCGGCCGAGAAGGAGUCCCGGGGGAUCUUCGGCACGGUCGAUGUUGAUAACCAGGGUCGCGGCAAUGUUUUCCUCGACCGACCCGUUGCUAUUUGGGAGUUGAUUGGGCGGAGUAUGGUCGUUUCUAAGAGCAAGGAGGGACCGUUCAAGCGCGAGGACGAAAACACCUUGGUCGGUGUUAUUGCGCGCAGUGCUGGCGUGUGGGAUAAUGAUAAGAUGGUCUGCUCGUGCUCUGGAAAGAAUGUCUGGCAGGAGCGACAAGAGCAAGUCAGCCAGGGCAUGGCUUAA